UGGGCCCAGGCGCGCAGCGGCGCCAGCCUGCGGACCUGGUUGCGCUAGCGGGCGGGAGGUGGCGCGGGGCCGUACAGGCGGCCUCGCCAGCCUGGCAGCCCCCGCAACACAACCCACGAAGCACGGGCCUCGCCUCAGGCUGCUUUAAGAAAAAUGGCCCUGCCAGCCCACCAGAUACCCAGAUGGUUUAACUCAAUUAAAUUGAGUAGCUUUAUUACUGGUGCACAACUUGGAAAAUGUUUUCAAAGACCAGGAAAAACACUGUUACAUGGCUUUUCUGCCCAACCUCAAAUGUCCUCUGAGGAUUGCUUUCUCCAGUGGGGAUUGAAGACUUAUAGGACUUCGUCCUUAUGGAAUAAUUCCCAGUUUACCAACUCAAGGAAGCAAGAAGUUAAUUCUGCCCAAAGCACUCUGCUUCCUUCUGUGAAUGAGCAGUCACAGAAGACACAAAAUAUAUCCAGCUUUGAUUCUGAGCUUUCUCUAGAAGAACUGGACGAUUUGCCCCCAUUGUCUCCAUUACAACCGAUUUCCGAGGAGGAAGCUGUCCAGAUUGUUGCAGACCCUCUAUUGCCCCCAGCUUCAUUCACACUUCGAGACUAUGUGGAUCAUUCUGAGAAUCUGCAGAAAUUAGUGCUUCUAGGAGUGGAUCUCUCCAAGAUAGAAAAACAUCCAGAUGCUGCCAAUCUCCUUCUGAGGCUGGAUUUUGAAAAAGAUAUUAAGCAAAUACUCCUGUUCCUUAAAGAUUUGGGUAUAGAGGAUAACCAACUGGGAACAUAUCUGACUAAAAACCAUGCUAUUUUCUCUGAAGACCUGGAAAAUCUGAAGACUAGAGUGGCUUAUCUACUGUCAAAAAAUUUCAGUAAGGCCGAUAUUGCACAGAUGGUCAGAAAUGCACCAUUUUUACUGAGUUUUUCAGUGGAGAGAUUGGAUAAUAGACUGGGAUUUUUUCAGAAAGAACUUGAACUUAGUGUGAAAAAGACCAGAGAUUUGAUAGUUCGUCUCCCAAGGCUACUAACUGGAAGUCUGGAGCCUGUGAAAGAAAAUAUAAAGGUAUAUCGUCUUGAGCUAGGUUUUAAACAUAAUGAAAUUCAAGAUAUGAUCACCAAAAUCCCCAAGAUGUUAACUGCAAAUAAAAAGAAACUUACUGAGACUUUCGACUAUGUUCAUAAUGUGAUGAACAUUCCCCACCACAUCAUUGUCAGGUUCCCGCAGGUAUUUAAUACAAGGUUGUUUAAAGUGAAAGAAAGACAUUUGUUUCUGACCUAUUUAGGAAGAGCACAGUAUGACCCAGCAAAACCUAACUACAUCUCUUUGGACAGACUGGUAUCUAUACCUGAUGAAAUAUUUUGUGAAGAGAUUGCCAAAGCCUCUGUACAAGACUUUGAAAAGUUCUUAAAAACUGUCUAGUUUUUGAUGCAUAUUAAGAUGUAAUAAUUAAAAUGAAUGUAUAUAUGAAUGAAUGAAUAUAUUUUUAAAUAAAUGCCCCCUCAAUA